CAUUGUCAAAGUAGAUUCGACUCGACUGUUUCAGAUCUCUAAUCUAUCUCUGCAGCUGCUUUAGCAUUACUUUAUAGUAGUGUUCAGUAGUGUAGUGUAGUAGUGUAUCAUAUUUGAUGCAUGAACUUCUUUUAAAUUGUUUUUUUUAAAACAAGUAAAAGGCCUUUUAGUAUAAUUGUAAAACCCUUCAGGUUGUUCACGUGUCUUGAGAUCUCAUUUACUGGACUGAAGCAACUUAGGUUUACUUGAUUAUCCGUACGUACAUCAUUUAUUAAGAGAAAUCAUGUUAAAAUGUGAGCAUCUAAUAUGAUACAUAAGUCUUUUGAGGAACGUUUAUUUGUUCAUCUCUCUAUCAUAGUUGUAUUGCAUUGCAUUAAAUGUUUUGCCCACCACAAUAAAAAAUACAGAGCAGCUUUGAUCAUAAAACUUUGUUAAUAUCAUCUGAAGACAUUUUGUUGGGAGGGUGACAAUUGAUAUUUAUAUGCAUUAAAUUAGUCUGCUAUACUGUUAUAAAGAUCUCACUGAUUUACUUUACAUUAAGAAUUUCAUCUUACUUUUUGGCCAUAUAAAAAUCAGCAAAAGCACAAAAUUGCAUACUUUUGCAGUUUGGGCCUCUGAAUAAAAUUGAGAUUUUCCCCCCUAAUUCCCCAAUAAUCUUACUAUGUGAGCCAUAAAUGCCUUGUGUAUCAAAAGUUAAAAUAAAAUAAUAAUAAAAAAAAAAACAGGCAUAAACAAACUUGUUUUUAGAAUUUAUGUUGGUAAGUAUUUUGUCUAAAUGCUCUAUAAACUGUUUAAAAAUAUAUAUAUAUAUUUUACAGUAUGUCUUGUUUUGAUAUGUUGGUAUUUUAAACUUUAUCCAGCAAAAUCAGUGGUACAAGCAUUUGCCAUAGACUCCCAUUGAGGUAAAUUUAAUCAUGAGGAGUAAUUACAUUUUAGGGGAAGCUGCUGUCUUAAAGCAAUCGCCACUAUGGUUAACGUUUCAAAGGUUCAAAGCCACUAUAAAAAGAGAUAUGUGUUCAUAAUUUGUAGUGUAACUGUACAAAAAACUUUGAAGUCCAGAUCGGAAGAUACCCUCAUUCUCUGCGCCUCUGAUUCUAUAAACAUCCCUUCUCUGUCCCUUUAAGAAACGCCGUCGCAGCGUCACGCAAAUGCGUCGUUUCUGCUUUCGCAGGUCUCGUGCGCGCUCUCAUCAGCAGCAUCCAUCCAUCAUCAAUCGACCCGGGCGAAAUGACGCGGCGCGCUUUACUGGCCCGCGCGCAGGGCACAGCCAACAGCAUCCAUGAACAAACUUCACUGGGAUACUGCAAAGCAUCGUCGACGGAAAAGCAGAGGAUAGAGAUCUGUCGUGAGGAAUCCUUGUAAUUGUGCCCUUACAAGGUGUCAGUCCUUACCCAUGUCCCUCCCAGCGAACCGAAGGCCAUCUGCUGGUUCCCGCAGAAGGUCUGCUGCCCCAAGCAGCACUCGACACUCGCAUGGGGACUCGACUGUCCGUAGCAGUUACUCAACAGCAUCCUGCAAGUGCACAGAGAGCAAUACUGUACCACGCUCCAACCCGGCCACACCACGACGGCAGGCAAAGUAUGCAACCUGUAGUGAGAAUCACGGGAUCCGUCCACCAGCUCCUGAGCAGUAUCUCACCCCACUGCAGCAGAAGGAAGUGUGUAUUCGUCACUUACGAGCUCGGCUGAAAGAAAAUGUGGAGAGGCUUCAGGACCGAGACUCUGAGAUCGAGGAGUUACGGAUGCAGCUGACUCGGAUGCAGGAGGACUGGAUAGAGGAGGAAUGUCAUCGCAUAGAGGCCCAGCUGGCCCUAAAAAAGGCUCGGAAGGAAAUCCAGCAGCUUCAGCAGGCUGUUGAAACAGUUAGGUCCAAUCUGGGGGUCCACGAGGCAGAUCAACAGGACUGUAAGUCUGAAGGUCUAGGUGUCGGUAGGAUAGGCCAACGAAUUGGAGCUUCUAGGUCUUGUGGCUGCUCUCCAGCCCACACCAUGAGUCGCAGCGCCACCUUCACCAGGCUGAGCAGCGAUACGUCACCUGGCGCUACAGAUCGCAAUGGAAACAUACUUUCGGAUCGCUACAUUCCCGCCAACAGAGGGGCAAUGACGUUACCGAGAGGUGACGGACGUACUCAUCUACUUCUGGAGGCGGCUUUACUGUCUGAACAAGUCCCUCACGCAACGCUAUGCUCCACUUUGUCGCGAUCAUCCACCUGCGAGAGAUUGUGCAGCGGAGAGACGGUGUUGCCCGUUAGCCGAUCCUGCCAUGCUGUUAACAACAACUGUAGCUGUGGUCCACAUGCCUACCUCCCACACCACCAUCUGUUUCUGCACCUCCCACAGGAGGAAGCACCACCUCCUCCGCCUCCUCCUCCUCCUCCUCCAGCACCGCCAACAGCACCUCCUAGUGCAUCCGAAGUAAGUGACAGGCCAGGGUACCGCUCACAGGCUUGCAGCCCCACCAUAACCUGGAUCUCCGAAGAGGGCGGAGGAGAGGAAUUGAGCGUCAUCACUUCAGCAACUUGCGCACCAGACGUUACUUUAGCUGAACCACAGUUGUUUUCGCCAUCGUCGGCCACUACUUCACCUGCUCAGAUGUCUUACAUCACAGAAACUUUGCCGCUAGACAGCACAGUUGAAUUUACAUCAUCAACAGCGACACCAACAGUGUUGACCAACCCACAGGUUCAGCAACCUUGUCCCAGAGCAUCGCCACCUCUUGAGCUGCCACCACAGGAAACAACUGUAGUAAAUGUCAAUGAUGAAGAUGGAGUGGGGGAGGAUGCAGAAUCAGCUGCCCCUCAGAGGAACCACUGGAGCCGCUAUUUCCUGAUCGACCUCAUAGCGGUGGCCGUUCCCGUAGUUCCGACAUUGGCGUGGCUUUGCCGAGGGUCACGGAAUGAAGGCAUGCCCAUGUACAACAUGGGGUCCCUGUUGCGCGGCUGCUGUGCUGUUGCGCUGCACUCUCUUAGACGGGUUGGCAGUGGCUGUGGUCGCUCCCCCUCGGGAACAGGAAGAGCGACACCUAUCUGAUAACCCUAGCAUUUCCAUACCAUCAAAAAACUUUUAACUGGAUCUUGGGCCUCAUUUAUAAAGCGUGCGUACAUACAGAUUUGAUCUUAGAGUGUGUGUACGCUAAAAGCCAAACGUUCAUAUUUGUAAAAAUGGUCUUUGAUGUGGAAAAGUGCUUAGCGCCAAGUCAGGGUCUGAGCAGACAUACUCACUUUUCCUUGUCAGAGUACUGCAGGUUUUUGGAAAUCUAAGCUAUUCUUGCAGCUCGCCAUUCUAAAUGAAAGGAUUUGGACAAUGACUGGUGAUCUUGUAUGUAAAUGACAUUAAUUUGGUGUCGUUUACAAGGCACAGAACUGAAACCAUUCAGCUGCCUGCAAGUUCAAGAUCAUUUGCGAUUUAUAGAUUUCACAUCUGAAAGAGAGGCGUACGCUCGUUUUCUGUGUGUACGUUCGUUCUAUGAAUCUCACGUAUGCAGUGUUGGGGAAAGCUACUUUUAAAAGUAAUGCAUUACAAUAUUGCAUUACUCCCUAAAAAAGGAACUAAUUGCAUUACUUAGCUACUUUUUAUGAAAAGUAAUGUUACAUUACUUUUGCGUUACUUUUUCUCACCUGGGCUUGCUUGUUUGUUUUUUAAUAACAACAAAAAAAAGUUCUAUUUUUGCAAAUGUUAAGGCCGUUUCACAUCAAAACUGAAAUGAAUAAGCCUCAGGCUGAAGGAAAAGCAUAUUCACAUCUGUACAGUAGAGGGCGCAGCUCAAACAAAUCUUUCAGCUGUGCUGCCAUUCUGAAUUGAAGAAUAAGAUACAGGAGAAGGA